AUGCCACCCUUGCCGAACGGCAAGGGCCGUGCAGAACUUGGAGAAAGCUCACAGCACAACCACCGUCACGAAAAUCAGCCCACCCGACUCGGGAAGCUCCAAGUCUUCACUUCUUGCCGAAACAAGCCCAAGCUGCUGAAGGCUUCGACGGCUCGAAAUGAAAUCCAAAAUUUUUCACAAGAACACUUGCCGAACGACAAGAACUGGCCGGGCGCUGCUUACGGACGUACGGCCUUCUGA